AUGGAAUCCGAGCCAUUUUCUCCACAUUUUUUAUCCCCAUUAGAGAGUAUCACAGCGACAGCCAACGAUAGACCACGAACACGCCACUUAACAUUUGUGAGCAAUAAUAGAGGGUAUGUUCGUACCCUCAGUGCCAAAGAUGCAGCAAGGAAUCGUCAACCGAUCUUCACAGACACUGAGCGCCAGCAUAUGAGCAACGAAGUUCUGAAAUCAGUCCCAGAUCAAGAUUCAGCACAAGCCUUACUUGAAAUAGAGAGACUGGACUGUCUCGGCACUCCAAAUACGGCAUUCUCUUUUUUCAAAGGUCCUUUCGGCAUCUCCAGAUUUGGAACCGAUCCCAUUGCAGAUCAAUCGACCCUUCAGACUGAUGAAGAUAUAACGGUUUAUCAGAGCGACCACACAAUUGAAACAGGAGAAUCAUUGGAUUGCACUGAUAUAUUUUCCGAUCUAAUUGCCGACAUAUUUGAAUUUCCAGAUCAAGAUCAUGACCAAGGCUAUGAUCUCCAGUUCGGUGACCUCAUCCCGGCAAGCGCAGCGGUUGAGAUUGAGCCAUUUCACUCCCUCUCCGAUUAUUGCGUUGCUAUAUUCAGCCAUGAGUCAGAGGCAUGGAGCAUCCUUUCACAUUACGAAGAAAAAAUCGUCCCGUUGAUUUCACCUCUGGGUUUUGGCCAGCAAGCUUCAUGGGUAAAGUUGGUCAUGCCAUGUGCUGUAAGCACACUCGGCGAUCUCACAUCAAGUCUAUCAAUUGAUCACUCCAGAAUUGCUUUACUAAAUGCUGUUCUGAGUACUAGCGCUUUUCACCUGGCCAACCAUUCGAAUCUGGACAUUGAAUACUGGACAACGAAAGGCGAAAGCUAUCUGUCCCGGGCCGAAUAUCACUUCCUCAAAUGCUUCAAAACACUCACUAUCCAGGCAUACAAGACUGCCAAAUACAAAGACAUUCUGAUGACGAUCCUGAGUCUCUCAACUGCUUAUAUGAUCAAAGGCAACUCUGAGCAACGAUUAUCAUCUCUGAUUCAAGCAGAGAAAUUCAUAUAUAACAGCGGCUUCAAGAAAUCUAAACUCUCACCUAAACGAAGGACUCUUCAUCACUGCUACGCAUACAUGCGAAUCAUGGCAGAAACAACAACCAUAACCGAUGAUCUUAGCGCCAAUCUCUCUAAUACCAGUCUUAGUGACUCCAACAACGAGAUGAUGUACUCAGACUUCCGAAUAUAUCCCAAUAUCACAUUCUCAGAUGACAUCCUGGCAAUGGAAAAAGAUCCUACAAUCGCACAACGAGACCUCCAUCUAGCCAUACCAGGCCGCUGGAGCCUAACAUUGUUCCCGGAGAUAUACGGAAUUGCGGAAAGUUUCCUCAUGCUCUUAUCACAGGUGAUCCGACUUGCUAACGAGCGGGAUAUCCCUAUACGACGUGAAAAUGAAACUGGGAUGCUAAACUUGCGAGAUUUCUGGGUUCGCACCAAGGCAUUGGAAAAAGCUAUUCGCGUUUUGCUUGUCUCAAGCAAAACAGACUCAAUACAUUCAUCCCAGGAUGAUGGUCAAAUUGGGAUUGGGAAUCCAAGGACACAAGCGAUGUAUACCGCUCUAUUGAUUUUCUUCCAUCGAAGAAUCUAUGAUCUCAAUCCCGCUUUAUUGCAGUCCGAGGUAACUGCUGUCCGACGAUUUCUCGAAGAGAUCCAAAGAAAUGAACUUGGGAAGAGUGAUAACAUGGCAACACUUAUAUGGCCUGCGUUCAUUGCUGCAUGCGAGGCUGUACAAGUGGAGACUCAGAGGUUCUUUUCCUCCUGGUUUGAGAGCUGCUUCACUGCUACUGGGUUGAAGAAUGCUUCAAUGGCCAAGAAUAUUAUUGGGAUUAUCUGGGCUAAGAGACAGGAGACAGGUCUAGACGGGGAGAUCUGUAGUUGGCCGGAUGUCUUAAGAGCCACUAAAUUAAGGUUGAUGUGCACAUAA